GGCUGCAUCAUUUUGUACAAACUGCCUAUUCAUUGUGACCUCUGGAAGGUCAGCAAACAAAGGAAUUAAAAUGAGCAUCCUCUGAAGGUUGCAAAAGGUUCUCUGCGUCUGUAACAGCAGUGCAUCGCCAAACGAUCUCUCAGUAACUGGUCCUCAAAAGUCAAAGCAAGAUUCAGAGAACUGCGAUCCGCACGUGUAGCCCAUGCCUCGACAGAACCUCAGCGCGGACAGAGGCAGGACUGUUCAAAGAGAAACGAGGAGUGACAAAAGAGAGGAAUGUUCGAUGUGGGAUUCGAAGGCCUCCUAAGAAAUGUUGGAUGAAUAUUAAAACCUGCCCACCAGAUCAACAGGAGCAGCUGCUAGCUCUGUGCCUCCCUCUGCUCCCCAAGCUGGCUCGACUUGACUAUCCGAGGCAAGCAAGGGGGAUGUGGGGAUUUCCUUGGGUUUUUAAGAGGAGCCGUCUGAAAACAAGAAGUGGAUUUACUCAGUGAGCGAAGGCUUUAAAAACAAGAGACGUGAGUGUGGCAGAUCAUCUCAGAAGACCAUGUGGAGCUUAGAGUUCAUCCUUCCUGUUUUAUUAGUAAUCUUAAAAGGUUCUUUAGCGCAGUGGACAGUAUGGAUGCCGAAGGAUAUUUCCACAAUGAGGAACUCCUGCGUUGUCAUCCCCUGCACCUUCAUGUACCCCUCCAGCGUCCGGCCCUACGGGGUCCAUGGCAUCUGGUACUUUGGGCAGCCCUACCCAGAGCUGUACCCGCCCGUGGUGUUCAAAUCCAGGACAGAGAUCGUUCACGAGAGCUUCAAGGGUCGCACCAAGCUGCUGGGCGAGUUGAAGCUACGCAACUGCACCCUGCAGAUCAGUAACAUCGGGAUGGAGCACAGCGGGAAAUAUUAUUUCAGAGCCGACCUGGGCAGCUCCAACGUCUACACCUACCCCGAUUUCUCAGAAGUCAAAGUUUUGGAUCAGCCCAUCAUUAACGUGCCGGAGGAGGUAGUCAGUGAUUCACCUCUGGAUGUCACCUGCUAUGUUCCUGAUAACUGCCCCGACAUGACCCCCGAGAUGAAGUGGUUUAACAUUGAGGGGCUGGAGAAUCCUGAAAUCUCCAGUGACUACGUGGAGGACAGCAACACAGCCGUCAUGGCCGCUGUACUGCGCUUCACCCCCUCCUACUUCCACAAUGGAAAGAUCCUGGGCUGCAAAGUCCACUAUCCCAACACCUCGCUGUCCUACGAAAGACUCAUCUCCUUAGACGUCAAAUACGCCCCCCGGGAGGUUGAAGUGAAUCAGUCCCUGGAGGUGAUGGAAGGCAGCACUGUCUACCUGUCCUGUACGGUGGACAGUAACCCACCACCGCGGAUCACCUGGCUUCAGGAGGACACCUUGGUGUGGGAAGAGACGGGCCAGAACUCCACCCUGGUGCUGAUGGAGAUACAGCCAAGCCAGGAGGGGCUCUACACCUGCAUUGCAGACAAUGACUAUGGGAGCAGGAACCAAUCCUUUUACCUCGCUGUCAAAUUCCCUCCGCGUGAACCCUCUGUGAACUCCUCCCUCACAGUCCUGGAAGGCAGCUCCGUCGUUCUGCACUGCAGCACGGAAGGCAAUCCGGUGCCCACCCUGACGUGGUUCAAAGACGGGGCCCUCAUCAGCAACAUAGUGGCGUCAGACUUGAGUAUACUGGAGAUCCCCAACAUCUCCUAUGAGGGGGACGGGGAGUACCGCUGCCUGGCUGAGAACGAGCAUGGCAGAGCCAGCAGCUCUGUCAACAUCACUGUUGAAUAUGCGCCUGUAUUUCUGCCCGAGUCCAAAUGCACGCUGAUCCGAGAUGGCAUUCAGUGCGAGUGUAUAGCAUCAGCGAACCCUGAGCCAGCGAUCCAGUUCCACCUCCCUGACCUCAACAUCACAAUCAACGAGACGGAGAGCCAGUUCAAUUACUACUCCCACACGGACGGCUACAUGACCACCAGCAUGAUCAAGCUGAAGGAGAAGCCUUCCUCGGGGCUCCACGUCUUGUGCACCAUCUCCAACAUGUAUGGGACAGAGACUGUCAAGCUGGAACUGCAACAGGAAAAAAAGUUCAUUUUGGCCGUGGUUAUCGGCGCCAUAGGAGGCGUGGUUGUUAUCGCUUUCAUCAUCGCGGCUGUGCGCUAUAUCAGUCACAGUAACCAGAAGGAGAACGUUACAGGCAGCGCUAGCUUUUCCCAGCAACCGGAAAACCCUCCAAUGCUCUACAGCUCCGUCAAGCAUAAUCUAAGGAAGAAAGUGAUUAAGACAGAACUUUUGGGCACAAAGUUUAAUUCGAUCCUGGAAGAGCCAUACAUGGGUGAUGAGAGUGACUACCAGAAUAUCGGCGGCCUCUCUGAAUCAGACCAGCGCCAUGAUGACGUGAACUACGCCUCCCUCGACUUCUCCUCCUCCGGCAGGAAAGCUGCAGAAGCCUCGGCUCAAACAGACAACGGCAGCGACUAUACAGAGAUAAAAACCAAAUGACAGAUUGUGUACAUGUAAUCCGGCAGCAAUGUGCUUCCUUCCCUCCCUCCUUUCCCCUUUCCCCAACACUGACUUCCCUCCAGAAGCUUGGAAUAACACAGCAAGAGUUGGAAUUAAUUGCCCAUUUAGAAUUGUUAUUAUUAUUAUUAUUUUGUAUCUUUUGUUGCCGGGUUGCUAGGAUAAUGUCCGAACGCAGAAGUGUACGCGGGUGAAACUGCAAACGCAUUGGCUGGUGUUUGUUUUGAGGACAUCUUUAUUUAAAAACCUUUAUUUAAUCUUUCUGUUGCACAGUAAUAUAUGUUUUGGAUAGCGCCGUCUUCGCUUACGGUUUUUAUUAACUAUGCCUUCCCCACCCCCCAAACCAGCUUCGCUUGUCCUGCCAAAUAUGUCAUAUUGUUAAACUCAAAAUUGGUCAAAUAUCGUUGUUACAAUAUUAUCUUCUGUUGUAAAUUGGGGGCAAUUACCCCUAAAAAUGAUAGCUACAAACAUUUCAAAGACCUGGUAGAAACCGUCACCUAUCCAGAGUCUAGCAGUCCUGACUUGAACGUCUCCAGACGUGACUAUGCGCCUAUACCAGUUACUCUAGUAAUAUAUGUAAAUACCUUGCACGAUUCACUCAGUGUUAAAACUAGCGUCCGGUUACCAAAGUCGUAACCGCCAAUAACCUGUUUUUUGUUUGUUGUUGAAAGUUUAGAACUGACACGAUUGUAUCUAAUAUAAUCUUUCUGACGUCUUUUAACCCUGUUUAGUGUUUAAGGUUUUGAAUUAUGUGUGAACCUUCUAAGACAGUAUACAUACUGCAUUGUGUGAUUGUGUUUCUUUUGUAAUUGUCAGUGGACAUGAUGUGUACGUGACCGUGUGAAUUCACUUGCAUUUAAUGCGAAUUUAAUAUAGAGUCUAAUCCGAUCGCUCAGUUUAUCAGCAUUGUCAAAUUUGUAUAUGUCUUUUUGGUUUUAAGACUUCCAGAGAAAAGGUUACAUUUUGCAUUUAUUUAUUGAAGGGGCUGCUUUAUUAUUAUUAUUAUUAUUAUUAUUAUUAUUAUUAUUAUUAUUAUUAUUAUUAUUAUUAUUAUUAUUAUUAUUAUUAUUAUGUUAUCUCUAUUGUUCCCAUCGUUUCUAGUGUAUCCACAUUUCUCUUAUGUGCUGUAGUGUCUAUUUGGGACCAAAAGCCAAUAUGUUAUUUAAAAUAGAGUUCUGUUCUCUACAGCUGUCUUAAUUAUUUGCUUAAGAAACAGAAUCUCGUAUGAGGAAAUGUUACUCAGUUACUCUGAUUCCUAGUUUCUUGGAAUUAUUAUUAAUUAGUCAUUUAGCAGACGCUUUUAUCCAGACGACUUACAGAGUCUAAGGGGUGAACUAUGCAUCACAACUGCUGUUGCAGAGUCACUUCCAGUAGGACCUCGGUUUUGCAUCUCAUCCGAAGGACGGAGCACAAGGAGGUCAAGUGACUUGCUCAAGGUCACACAGAGUGAGUCAGUAACUGAGCUGGGAUUGGAACCUGGAACCUUCUGGUAUUAAACCCAUUAACCACAAGACCACCAAACCUAUGAAAGAAUCACACAAUCAGGUCACAUAUGGGAAACACAGCAAUCUGAGAAAUGGUAGAAAUGAGAAAUGCAUCAACCAGAAGGUUGGUAAUGUGGUCCCACAAGAGGUGAUUAAGCCAGGUUAUGUGGUUUAAAUUUCUACCACGCAAGUGGGGGAAAAAAAUAAAAGAAAUUCAAGAAUAUUCUGUCUAUCUACAGUACAUCAAAACUUCAAAAUGAAUCCACAUUUACUCAUAACUCUCAUUUCUUAUUACAAGAUCUGCAAAAGUGGGGUUUUGAAAAGUGUACCCAUUCUUAGCUUUUUUUUCUGUUAAUAGGUUAGAAAUGAAACGAAUUUCCCCGGUUUUCUUAUCUUGCAUUCAAAAUGUGUGCUUUCGUGCCUAUUUCCCCACAAUCUGCAUACUGUACUUUCCUGAAUAUGUUUAUAAUACUUGUAUAUAAGAAACCAAUAAUGUAUUAACUGAAUGUAUUGAGUUAUUGUAUUGGUCAAUAACACUUUUACACAGUG